GAACUUCCGACGGAAUUGUUGUGGGUGUUGGAAGUGGAAGCGAAAGUGAAAGCAGAUGUUAGGUGUGUGAUGUUACAUGUGUCAAAUAACUCGACCAGUCAAGAAGCACGACGUGUACGAGUUGAAAUGACAGUCCAAUAGUGCAGUGAAAGCUGUCAGUUAAAUUUUAUGGCGCUAACUUCUGGAACAGGAGUAACUGUUGACACGUUUUCCCUUCAUGUUUAAUGAGUGAAUAUAAGGAAUGAAGCCUGUUAGUGAUAACACAAGGUGAUAGUGGCUGGGCAGAAUAAGCGAUUCGUCAGAGUCUUACGUAUUGUUAAAGAUACCACGUUUUUAUGUAUCAUUUGAAAGAAAUAAGACUCAGAUAUAAAACAGUUACUAGAAGAGACGAGAAACAGAGAACUAGUGGAUAAUGUGUUUUAUAAGAAAUAUUCAGUGUAGAUCCCGGUUGUUGUGAUAUAUUACUAAAUUUAUCAGGACAUCCUUAAACAGUAUGUUUUACGGAGGUACAACAGUGAAUGAUGCGACGCAACAUAAGAAGCAUCUGUCGAUUCCUGCUGUCGGCUGCUGCAACAGUGGUGCUGACAGUGUUGGUUUUUAGACUCAUUCGUCAGAAUGAAAUCAUGGCACCCAGACUGGAAGCUCAUGGUGCAGAGCCACUGCCGCCACAGGCUCAACAUUUGGUGAAUAAUAAAGCAGCUGCUGGUGCAUCUGAAAAAAUUGAUUGGCACGAUUACAAGCAGAUUGAGAGAGAUGCCUUACGCAAGGGAAUUGGUGAACACGGGAAACCAGCAAACCUUAGUCCUGAAGAGUCCGCACUUAAAGAAUCUCUGUACAGAGAAAAUGGUUUCAAUGCUCUCCUCAGUGAUAAGAUUGCUCUGGACCGAGCUUUACCUGACAUACGCCACAAGGGGUGCAAGUCAAAGAAGUACUUGAAAAAACUUCCCACAGUGAGCAUCAUUGUUCCAUUUCAUAAUGAACACUGGAGCACACUUCUGAGGACUGUCGUCAGUGCGAUCAACAGAUCUCCCCCAGAAUUACUCAGGGAGAUAAUACUUGUUGAUGAUUUUAGCUCUAAAGAGCAUUGCAAAGAGAAGCUUGAUAAAUAUGUAGCUGAAAAUCUACCCAAGGUCAAAGUUAUUCACUUACCUGAAAGAUCUGGUCUUAUUCGGGCACGUUUGGCUGGUGCAAGAAAAGCAACUUCAGAUGUUCUUAUUUUCCUUGACUCACAUACAGAAGCUAAUGUUAACUGGCUUCCACCUCUCUUAGAACCAAUUGCAGAAGAUUAUCGUACUUGUGUCUGCCCUUUCAUUGAUGUCAUUGCGUAUGAAACAUUUGAGUACAGAGCUCAAGAUGAAGGAGCUCGUGGUGCUUUUGACUGGGAGUUUUUCUACAAGAGGCUACCACUUCUACCUGAAGAUCUAAAACAUCCAACAGAACCUUUUAGGAGCCCAGUAAUGGCUGGAGGAUUGUUUGCUAUCAGCUCUAAAUUCUUUUGGGAACUGGGUGGCUAUGAUGAGGGACUUGAAAUCUGGGGAGGUGAACAGUAUGAGCUCUCUUUCAAGAUUUGGCAGUGUGGUGGACAAAUGGUAGAUGCACCAUGUUCUCGUGUGGGCCACAUUUACAGAAAGUUUGCUCCAUUUCCUAAUCCAGGGAAAGGCGAUUUUGUUGGAAGGAAUUAUAGGCGUGUUGCUGAAGUAUGGAUGGAUGAAUAUAAAGAAUAUUUGUAUAAAAGAAGACCUCAUUAUCGAAAGAUUAAUCCUGGUGACCUCAGCAAACAAAAGGAACUCAGGGAAAGAUUGCACUGUAAGCCAUUUAAGUGGUUUAUGGAGGAAGUUGCAUUUGAUCUCCCAAAGAAGUAUCCACCUGUUGAACCACCAGAUUUUGCUUAUGGAGAGAUACGUAGUGUGGCUGCACCAGAGUUAUGUGUUGAUACAAAUUUUGUUGGAACUGAAAAACCAUUUGGUUUGAAGGAAUGUGUGAAAGAUCGGAAAAAUGCCAAAGGACAGCAGAACUUCACAUUGACGUGGCAUAAGGAUAUUCGUCCCACUGGGCGCACAGUGUGUUGGGAUGUAUCUAGUACUGAGAGUAAGGCGCCUGUAACCCUCUACGGUUGCCAUGGUUUACAGGGGAACCAGUUGUGGAGGUAUGAUCCGGUGAACCAGUGGCUUGUGCAUGGAGGAAAUCCACGGUGCUUGGACUGUGAUCCAGGUAGUCUAAAAAUGUAUGUUACCAAGUGUGAUGGUGCAUCUUUAACACAGAAGUGGAGGUUUGAAAAUAUUGAUUUCAAAGCUUUAGCAAAUUGGGACAAUGUUGGGCCUCAUUGAAUUUUGGUAGUAUUCCUCAUCAAUUUGUUCUCAUGAGUCAUAUAAAAAGAAAAGAAGCUAUAUAAUCAAUAUUUGACACAACAGUGUGAACUUGAAAAGUACAUAUGUUUUAGUUAAAUAAUUAGUGUGUUACGUUCUGUGUGGUCUCUCUUCACAUGGUAAUAGGUUGGCUUUACUUCAAAUAGCUAGCUUGACAAUUUCAUUGUUUAUUGACACUGGAUUUAGUUUAAAUGUUUACCCAUUGUAUGAAAAUGAGGACAACUUGAUGAUUAGUAAUGUACUGGAGACGGUAACUAUAUAAAUGUAAUUAUUUUCAGUUUUCAACUGUGAACUCAAUGGGUGUGCUUGUUGUCACUUGCUUACAAAACAUACACUGAAGAAAAUAAGUAGCUUGCAUGAGUGCAUACGUGUAUCAGUUCCUUUUUCUAAAGUGCUAAAUAAAAAAUUGACAGGUUAAUCUUCUGCAUGAGUUGCACUAUUGAUAUUUGAUCUCUAAAAGACUGAUAUCCAUUGAAAUAAUUACUAAUGAAGGGUGCUCAAUUUUGCAUUUAUUUAUUUGUAGUCUGAGCUAAAAGGUUUGGAUGCUGUUUUCUCUUCCUGCAUAGGGUAAACAAUUUUGUACUGUUGGGGUGUAAUUGUUCUGGGAUUUACAUGUAUUUUUUGUUUUGGUAAAAGUGUGCAGCUUCAUGUUUGAAAACAGAUUUUGUAAUCUAUCCAGCUAUAGUUUAUCAGUACGGAAAAUGUGUUGUUGCCAUACAUCACAUAUUGUAAAAGUGAAAGAAGUAUCCGGCAAGAAUGAAGAUGCCACAUUCUGUACAGAUGCUUUUCACAAUGCUAGCAGAAACAUGUAGAAGUAGAACUGCAUAUGUGAAUUUAUUGUUUUGACCUUUUUAUAUACUGUACCAAAUGCAUAUCUUGUCAUUUUGGUGUCAUGCUAACUUACUGUUUCCUUUCUGGUUUCUAAUAACACUAUAUUUUCUUCUGUUUGAAUCCCAAUUCAUGUUUUGGUUCAAGAAACAUAGGUUCAGUAGUUAUUUUUCUGUUUCUGAUUUUUUUCGCUACCAACAUAUUAACUUCAUCUCAAAUAUUUAAUCCUAGCCUGUUUACUGUAAAUUAUAUGAAUGGAAGAAAGCAAAUUUCCUGUAAGAGUACUUUUUGAUGUCUGUGACACAUGUGUUUGACACAAAAAACAAUGGAUCAGUUUGCCAUUUAUUUGCUUACAACCUUCUUUAACUGGUUGAUACGAAUGUAAAUGGUUCGUAUAACUGCUCUUAAUAACUACAGUUAUUGUUUGAUUCGGAGUUGAAUCAGUUUGGUAAAUUGUACACAUUGGUACCAAAACAUAUUAAUUUUGAAACCUACAUAGUUUUCUUUGAGUUAACCACUUCAGUGUUUGUUGAGAGAGAAACUGGGAGAAUGUGUUAACCAGUAUGGUUGAGGGAGUCCCACAUUAACAAAAUUAAUUAUGGGAAGUCUGAUUUAAAAUAUCUGCCAUAAUUUAUCCAACUUUCCUUAAUUUAUUCUUGUCUUUUAUAAUACAUAUUGAUUAAGUGGUGCAGGCAGCUGUUUUUCCCCAGGUGUCAGCUUCUUCCCCUAAUUGUAUUUUUCAGUCAAUAGUUCAGAUUCUUUUAUAAGUUUAUACAGUAAGGGAGCUAAUAGAAGUGUCAACAUUAAACAUGGGCUGGAACAUAGUAUUUAUGAGAGUACUAAUCCAAAUAGCAGAAACACUGAUGUUGGCUAGAUUGGAUGUGGGGGGAAAUGGAAGGUGUGUGCUGUGGGGGAAGAGGAAUAGGACAAGAUAAAAGAUAGGGUCAGAAAAGAUAUUACUUGAGUGGAACAUGUGAGUACAUGUAAGGCCAGUGUGGGGAACUGCUUAGAGAAACAUUCAGAACAAAGAAGAGAAUACAGAGGGGCAGUGAAAGAUCCGUCAUACUCCAAGGAUAAAAUAACGAUUAGUUACAAGUGAUGAUGCAGUGUGAAGUAGAAAAGUUAAAAGUUGAGUGGAAGGUUUGUGUGGGAAGGCACUUAAUCAGUCCCUCCUACUAUGGCCCCACCACCUCCCCCUGCACAGUCUGUUUUCCUCAACAUUUCUGCUAUAAUACAACUGUUAUUAUCAUAUAUUCUAAAGAGAAAAAUCAUGAAAAUAUAUUUUGUGCCAAGGUUUAAAAUUAUAGAAACAUAAAGGGCUUGAAAUAAAUGCUUUUUAAUUUAUUGGUUUUUAUAUACACAAUGUUGAGAUAAGAUGAUAGUUCAUAAAGUGUGGUCACUAGUGCAACAAAAGAGUUUAGCAUAGAGAUACAUUUCCUUUUAUCCAAAGUCCCUUUUCUUAUAUCUGACUUGAGAGCUAUAUGUUAUGUUACGUGAAGUCCUCUCCACUUCCAUUUUAUGUGCCUGCUGCAAAAUCCAUGUCCAACUGAGAUUGUGUUCUGUUGUCACUGAAUGGUCUGUAGGUGUAAUGGUGACUUUAAAUUGUCCCCCUUUUCCUUUUUGUGUCUUUUUUCAUGAUAAGAACUCCUCAGUGUUCUCUCUCUCUCUCUCUCUCUCUCUCUCUCUCUCUCUCUCUCUCUCUCUCUCUCCCCCCCUCCCUCCCUCCCUCCCUCUC